AUCUACAAUGCUCAUUACUGCUAUCAACUCGCGUUAAGACUCUGUACUCAUGUUGAGUGAGAGUCUAUCCUGAUCGUGAAUUGGGCACUCGAAGCGUGGCCUUUGCUCCACACCUCUCGCGCGAUGGGAGAGCAAUAGACCGACGUCAAAGGUUUCCAAGAAAAGCCCCAACUACUCUUCCUCCACCUCUCAGAUGUCGUAGUGCUGCAGAUCAAACCCGGCAUUCCCUUGGAGUCGUCUGAGAGACGGCAUCGGCAUCAGCAAUGCAGGCGUCGCCAUCCAAAGCCCGCGCCCAAGCCAUCGCGUCGCACUCCUGGUCCAUCGUCCACACAUGGCUCGCGAGGCUCUACCACCCGACACCUGUGCCGGCGUUCGAACGCAACGCCGCCACGCUCAAGGCCUUGCAGAGCCUCAUGGCGGAGAACAUAGCCGCGGAUCGAGUGCGAGAACUGCUGUUUGAGGCCAAAGUCGAGGAGCUGGCGGCUGGGGAGGAAGCGGCGCGGCUGGAACGGCGGGCGACCUUGACGGACCUGGAGAACAGUUGCGGUGCGAAUGCGAUUCUGUCCUUGCUCGAGACCUCGCUGGCGUCGUCUUCCCGGACAGCACUGCAGUCGCUUGCGAGCUCGGUCGUCCUUCUGGGCUGCGUCUCCUCGACGACAUCGACGGACGCCAGCGUCCUUCGAACCCUCACCUCUCAAAUCGUCAACAUCCCCCGCCAAACCUUUGCGCAGGAGUCCCAACUCUCAGCCAUCGAAACGCUCACAGCGACUCUCCAGAGCCAAAUAACCGAGACCCAAAAGGCCCUCGCUGCCUUCGCCGAGAGGACUACUCCUCGGCCGGCUCACCUGCGGGACGACGACGACGACGACGAUCCACCCUCGCCGUCCUUCCCGCCGCCGACCACGCUUUCCCCGGCCACCCCACCACCGACGACUUCGCUGCUUCCCUCGGCGAUUACUACGACGACGACGACAACAACAACAAUGGAUUACUCGCACCUCCACGGGGUCACGCUCCAGCACCAGCGCGAGACGAAACAACUAGCCCUCAAAUCCGCCGAGUACAAGUCGCAGAUUGACGCCCUCUCGCGCGCGCUGCAGCAGCGGCCCAGCUCCAAUCUCUGGGACGGCGAAGACGACGAGCCCGACCCCACCGCCGUCCUCGCCGCGAAGCAGCGGUCGCUGGGUGCCAAGAAGAAGCAGAUCGAGGCGCUGGAAGGCCGCCUCAGGCAGUUCCACGGCCUGCCUCCGGACGUUGACGGAUCGCGCGCCGAGGUGCGCCGGGCCCAGGGGGAAUUGGACCGGCUGAGAGGACGGAGGGAUGAGUUGUUCGAGGCCCUGUAGUAGAGUAGCCGGCUGGGACACCAGCGCUUGAUCUGUAACAUUACCGGUCAUUCAGACCCGUCCACUCGCACGGCGGCAAUAUAGAGUGAGCCGCAUCAGAGGGAGGGGAGUAGCCAUUCCCUACUUUACAUAUGUCACCGAAGUGCAUCAGGCAUCGGAAGAACCAAGACCAGGAAAGGGAAGAGUGGUUGGAAAUAAGGGCUUUGAUCUCUCCGUGUCCUCUUGGAAUUUCUUCAGUCCAACUCGCACAGGGUACGUCACAAUCAAUCCCAUAUGAAAGCUCCUGUUCAAACAGCAAUCCUCGCACGUUUCAUCGUGUUCCUCCCAGCCUCCUCGGCUUCUUCUCUUGCCCGUUUCCUCUCCUCCCUCAGCCGUUCCUUCUCUUUCUUGGCCUGGAGGUAUUUCUCCGUAUGCAUCAGUGGUUGCCCAUCUUUACCUUUGACAGUCAUGUCAUGAAGGACAGGCGGCCUCGUGAAGAACAGCACACGUCCUUGAUCGUCUUGUGGGAAUUGGUCACGGAUGUGUUUCGGAAUCGAUUCAUUGGCCGUGUCCGAGAGCACAAAGACUUCGGCGACGCGCUGAUCGGGGUAAGUGGUGGCGGC